CGUCUCCACGGCCACCACCGGCACCACCUCGUCUCCACGGCCACCACUGUCACCACCUCUUCUUCUCGUGCAAAAUAAGUUGCAUAAUGCCUAUCGAUAAAAGCUGGAUUGAUUCCCCACUUCAAUCAGCUCACUACCAGCAAGGACUCAGGUCUUUUAUCGCGAUGUGUGAAAGAGUGCUCCCCAACCAUAAUGAAGUUAGAUGUCCGUGUUCCAAAUGUAAAUGUUCCGGCUUAACAACCAUCACAAAAAUGAAACUCCAUUUGGGGCGUAUGGUUUUUUGGAAAGAUUACAUAAAGUGGGACUAUCACGGCGAAAAAUCUCGGCCUGCAGUUGUAGAAGUAGAAGUAGAUAAUGUUGUGCCACAGGAGGGUAUGGAAAACGUUAUUGAAGACAUUAGGGGGGAGCGUAUGGAAGAAGAUACAGACCGUAACCUGGAGAUGUCGGGUGGAGAAUCUAACGGUGUUGAUGACGAUUUUGAAGACAUAAUAAAGGAUGUUGAAUCUGAAUUAUAUCCUGGUUGUACUAAAUUUUCUUCACUUGACUUCUUAGCAAAGCUUAUGAAUCUAAAGGAGACGUCCCAUUGGACUAAUACUUCAUUUGAUGGUCUACUAAAGUUGUUGCAAGAAUCAAUGCCAAUAGGCAACAAGAUUCCCCCUACGCAUUAUGUAGUUAAGAAGAAAUUUAAGAAGAUUGGUUUGGAUUAUGAGAUGAUAGACGCGUGCGUAAAUGAUUGUGCUCUCUUCUGGAAAGAACACGAGUCGUUGCAAAAUUGUCCCGUUUGUAAUGAGAGUCGUUGGGUCGAUAAAGACACAAAAGGCACGAAGGUAGCUCGCAAGGUGUUACGAUACUUUCCUUUGACGCCUAGACUUCGGCGUUUGUAUUGUUUAAGGCACACGGCAAAAGAUAUGAUAUGGCAUAGUACCGGACGUUCAGAAGAUGGGACCAUGCGGCAUCCAGUUGAUGGAUCUUCAUGGCAAGACUUUGAUAGGAAGUACCCAAACUUCGCGAUGGAGCCACGAAAUAUUAGCGACGACAUACAGACCUUUAGCGUCCAAGAUUUAGCGGCGACUCAAUAG